UUCCACCAAAUAUAGGAUACGCAUUUCACGUGACCGUCCUGCUCUUACCGGUUUUUGAGUUUGUCGAUAUUCAUGAAGUGGGAGCUGCAUAAGAACCAUGUACAGUGUGAGAACCAAAAACCAAGAACGUAGAAAAUAGAUCGACAUGCCUGAGUUUUGCGUCACAGGGGGUACUGGCUUCAUCGCAUCUUACCUGGUCAAGGCCUUACUAGAAAAGGGUCACACCGUAAGGGCCACAGUAAGAAACCCAGGGGAUGUGGAGAAGGUUGCUUUUCUCUUUGAACUAAGUGGAGCCAAAGAGCGACUGAAGAUUUUGAAAGCAGAUCUAUCGGUGGAAGGAAGCUUCGAUGAUGCAGUGACGGGAGUUGAUGGUGUCUUUCAUACGGCGUCCCCUGUUCUUGUUCCAUAUGAUGAGAACGUUCAGGCGAAUUUGAUUGAUCCCUGUAUCAAAGGAACCUUGAACGUGCUUAACUCCUGCGUAAAAGCAAAUGUGAAACGUUUUGUGCUCACAUCUUCUUGUUCUACCAUAAGAUACCGUGAUGAUGUGCAACACGUGUCUCCUCUUAACGAAUCUCAUUGGACUGAUCUAGAGUACUGCAAACGCUAUAACUUGUGGUAUGCAUAUGCAAAGACAAUAGCGGAGAGAGAAGCUUGGAGGAUUGCAAAGGAAAGUGGCAUCGAUCUAGUGGUGGUUAACCCUUCUUUCGUUGUAGGUCCUCUGCUUUCACCACAGCCAACUAGCACACUGCUCUUGUUACUAAGCGUUGUCAAAGGCAUGAAAGGAGAAUAUCCAAACACAACAGUGGGGUUCGUACACAUAAACGACGUGGUAACUGCUCACUUGUUGGCUAUGGAGGAUCCCAAGGCAUCUGGCAGGCUUAUUUGUUCAAGUGCAGUAGCUCACUGGUCACAAAUCAUUGAAAUGCUUCGUGCCAAAUAUCCUUCCUAUCCAUAUGAAAACAAGUGUAGCAGCCAGGAAGGGGAUAAUAACCCACACAGCAUGGACACCACCAAAAUUACUCAGCUGGGGUUUCCUUCAUUCAAAACCCUUGAACAAAUGUUUGAUGACUGCAUCAAAAGUUUCCAAGACAAGGGCUUCCUAUGACCAUGUUAUUUUUUAUGUUCGUGGUGUUGCAUAUGAACCAAAAUAAAGUUUCCAUAAACCAAAUAAAAUGAAUUUACGCUUUUUUUUUUUUUUUUUU